AUGACUGCGCCUGUGGAAUGGUGCAAAUGCCCUCAGUCAACGCCAAGGUCUUCUACUUCCCUCAGGUGCAAAUGCCUACGAAAAUGUCGAUUUUCGGAGCUGCCCGAGGUUGUGCCGUUUAUUUCCUGCAGAGUUUGUGCUGUGAAAUACAUGGCCAAUCCUAAGACCGAUGAGGUUUUCGCCAAGAUGAGACUAGUUCUGAUGAAUGCCAAUGAGCCGGACUUUGAAGAUGAUGGGAUUGGAGGGAUUAAUGGGUCUGAAGGGCAAGAAAAACCGGCCUUCUUUGCAACGACGCUGACUCAAUUGAAUGCAAACAAUGGCGGGGGUUUAUCUGUUCCACGGUACUGCGCAGAGACGAUCUUUCCACGGCUGGAUUACUUGGCGGAUCCCCCUUUAGACAAUCUUUUCAUGGCUAGAACUCUCUAG